AUGGGGUACUCGAUACCUUUCAUUCUUCAAAUCUUGGCUCUGCUAGCCGUGGCGAGCGCAUACGACGACCCACUGGUACACCUUGACUAUGGCAGCUUUCAGGGAAAAUACGACACGACCUACAACCUCUCAUACUUUCGCAAGAUCCCAUUUGCAGCACCUCCAACGGCUCAAAACCGCUUUCGUGGCCCUCAGCCGCCUCUCAAGAUCAACGAAAGCGUCUAUGAUACGGAUCAGGCAUUCGACAUGUGCCCCCAGCGCACGGUGAACGGCUCUGAGGACUGUUUAUACCUGGGACUCUUCUCUCGUCCAUGGAAUCUGUCACAACAGGUGAAAAGACCUGUUCUUGUCGUGUUUUACGGAGGAGCUUUCAUCGAAGGCAGUGCAUCUUUCGGCAUCCCGCCUAAUUCAUACCCUGUUCUCAACGCCAGCGCUCUGAAUGAUUAUAUAGUGAUCUACCCAAACUACCGCACGAAUGCAUUUGGAUUCCUGCCCGGCAAAGCGAUCAAAAAUUCCUUGACCUCGGAUCUCAAUGCUGGACUCUUGGAUCAACAAUAUGUGCUGAAGUGGGUGCAGAGCCACAUCGACCAGUUUGGCGGGAACCCGAAGAACGUCAGCAUCUGGGGCCAAUCUGCUGGCGGAGGCUCAGUGGUAGCUCAGAUUCUGGCAAAUGGUCGAAAUGGACAGCCUAAGCUCUUUUCCAAGGCUAUUGCUAGCUCGCCUUUCUGGCCCAAGUCGUACGCUUACGAUGCACCCCAGGCUGAGACAAUCUACGACCAAUUGGCCAAUUUGACCGGCUGUGCUGGAUACGAUCACGACCAUGAAACGCUCGCUUGUUUGAAAUCCGUUGAUGUGCAGACUAUCAGGAAUGCGAGUCUCAUCAUCGAUGCUGAUAGUACCUAUACCACCAGCUCUUAUACUUGGGCGCCUGUCAUCGAUGGCGAGUUCCUUGCUGAUACCCUUACCGAGGCUGUGGAGAAAGGCGAUUUGGACACGGAGUUCAUCUGGGGAAUGUACAACACGCAUGAGGGACAGAAUUUCAUUCCUCCGGGGCUGGCCGAUGCUGCUUUGACGGGUGGAUACAACUCGUCUCAGGCCAGUUUUCAUCAGUGGUUGACUGGAUUUCUACCUGGUUUGUCGGCGAAGCAGAUCAAAGCUGUUGAGGAUACAUAUUAUCCGGUCAUUGGCAGUUCUGAGACUAUUUCAGAGUAUAAUACUACUUAUCUUCGCGCUGGGCUCAUCUAUCGGGAUGUGGUGCUCUCAUGUCCAGCAUAUUGGGUCGCUUCGUCUGCACCGAGAAAGGGAUAUGUUGGCGAAUACACGAUUUCCCCAGCAACACAUGGGAGUGAUACUAUUUAUUGGAACUCCGUCAAUGCGGUUCAAAAGACAAAUCGAGUGGUCUACGAGGGUUACGCUGGCGCAUUCGCUAGUUUCUUCCAAACCGGUGACCCAAACGCGCACAAAUUGACAAACUCCUCCGAGCCCGGUGUACCAGAGCUACAGGAAACGGGGGAAGAAUUCGUCAUUGUUGAUCAUGGAUUCGAGAACGUCCGUUUGGUUGAAUUGAAGAAACGAUGCGACUUUUGGCGCAGCAUAGGGGCUAAUAUCCCAAUCUGA